AUGAUGAUGAAACGGCUGUUCCUCCUGCCUCCUGGUGACCUGGUGCAGCCUGUUACUGCCGAGCUGCCCCUUGGAGAGCAGCCAGCGGGGGACAGGCUCCGGAGCGUCCCAGCUGAUAAAGCAGAUGAUGAAGAUGAUGAAGAUCUAACAGUGAACAAAACAUGGGUCCUUGCACCAAAGAUUCAUGGUGGGGAUGUGACUCAUAUACUGGACUCCUUACUUCAAGGAUAUGACAAUAAACUUCGGCCAGAUAUUGGGGUGAGAACUACGGUAAUUGAAACAGAUGUCUAUGUUAACAGCAUUGGCCCGGUUGACCCAAUCAAUAUGGAAUAUACCAUAGAUAUAAUUUUUGCCCAGACUUGGUAUGACAGUCGUCUAAAAUUUAACAGCUCAAUGAAAGUGCUUAUGCUUAAUAGCAAUAUGGUUGGAAAAAUUUGGAUUCCAGACACUUUCUUCCGGAACUCAAGAAAAUCUGAUGCUCACUGGAUUACAACUCCAAAUCGUUUGCUUCGUAUCUGGAGUGAUGGACGAGUAUUAUACACUUUAAGGCUGACAAUUAAUGCUGAAUGUUAUCUUCAGCUUCAUAACUUUCCCAUGGAUGAGCAUUCCUGUCCCCUGGAAUUUUCAAGCUAUGGAUAUCCAAGAAAUGAAAUUGAAUACAAAUGGAAGAAAACCUCUGUUGAAGUGGCAGAUCCAAAAUACUGGAGAUUGUAUCAGUUUGCCUUUGUAGGCUUACGAAAUACAACUGAAAUUUCUCAUACUCUGUCUGGUGAUUACAUUAUUAUGACAAUCUUCUUUGAUCUGAGCAGACGUAUGGGAUACUUUACAAUCCAGACAUAUAUUCCUUGUAUACUGACAGUUGUUCUUUCAUGGGUGUCAUUUUGGAUCAAUAAAGAUGCAGUUCCUGCAAGGACAUCUUUGGGUAUUACAACAGUGUUGACCAUGACCACGCUGAGCACAAUUGCUAGGAAAUCCCUCCCAAAGGUUUCUUAUGUGACGGCGAUGGACCUCUUYGUUUCAGUUUGCUUCAUUUUUGUGUUUGCUGCCUUGAUGGAAUAUGGCACUUUGCAUUACUUUACCAGCAACAGAAAAGGGGACAAAGGAAAAGAAAAGAAGGCAAAAUCCAAACCAUCAAAACCACCUGCAAUUGCCGUUCGACCUGGAUCAACACUAAUUCCGAUUAAUAACAUUAAUCAUCUACCUGAACGUGAUGAUGAUUAUGGAUAUGAGUGCCUAGAAGGGAAAGACUGUGCUAGCUUCUUUUGUUGUUUUGAAGACUGCCGCACAGGAUCUUGGAGAGAAGGAAGRAUACACAUCCGUAUUGCAAAAAUUGACUCUUAUUCUCGAAUCUUCUUUCCAACUGCCUUUGCAUUGUUCAAUCUUGUUUACUGGAUUGGCUAUCUUUAUCUAUAAAUUUCAGAGGUUUGGCAAACUCAGAAAGAGGCUAAUUCACCACUGAUUCUUAAAACUUAUUGAACAAUCAAAGAUUAGAGCUGGUCCCAAGUCACUAAAAUUGUCUGGAUCUAUUAACAAUUUGAAGCUGAGAGUGGAAAUAUGGUGAUCCCUUGUUUUCGAUUACGAAUUGUUUGUUUUUGUUUGUUUCCUUUUAGUUUUGAAGAGAGAAUUUUAAAAUAAAUACCUGUAAAAUUUAACAUACCUGUACACACUCCAAUUCUAUGUCCAGCUCUAACAAAGUGCAGAGACAAGAGGCUAUGUUUUGAAAUGGUCAGUUCUACAUAAAGUUUUAAUUUUAAUCCUAAAUGAUAAAACGGACAAAUUUUGUAGCAUCUCUUACACCUUAACAAAGAAAGCCUUAAUAAAAUGGAAUUAGUCUAGUCUAUUUCUUCUGUAAGGUGGUUAUUUUUAUGAAUUCCUGAUUUUGAAAGAUCAAAAUGAAAUUUUCCUAUUUUUCAGCUAGCCAUUUGUCCUCUGCAGUAUGUUAAAGUGUGAUUAAUUUGUAGUUAAUUCCAUUCAGAUUUAUACAAAGUCAUGAGAUGAGAACAGCAAGAAAUGGAUAUAUCACAAAAACAAGGGCAAUUCUGAGCUUGUCUUAUCCUGACUAUUUAUUUAUGUAGACUUUUGGCUUUCAACCUUAGAUUACAUUUAUGUCUGUGGUCCAUCUACUGUUACUUCUUUUGAGUUCACUGAAGUUCUCCAAUAGGGCUACAACUUUCCAAGGUUCUAAAAUAGCUACCAUUGCUUGGUGCAGCUCUGCUAAUUCUGUGGAAACCUGGCUGAUCUUGGCCAAAUGAGAUUCUCGACAUUGAGAGUAAUGCUUUUCACAUCCUCCCCAUUCUUCUCUCCUUAGUCUGAUUCAAACUCAGGGUCAUAGAUAAUGUUAUGUUCAGUAGAAUUUCUGCCUAUGAAGUUUUGAAAACACUGACAAUAUUUUAAUCAUCAUAUUCAAACCCAGUAGGCUGGAUCUCCAGCUUUCAGAGUGACGUAUAUGACCAGUUUUCAGAGUAAAGUGGAGCACCGCUUUGCAUACUGUAUUUUUUUUUGCAGAUUCUACUUGUCAUUGUGUAUGCCACUUAGCCAAUUCCAAAUGAUAUGGAUUUAUUGAACUCCUGUUAUGGAUUGAUUUAUAAUAAUUCCUUCAUAUUUGUUGCUUUUAAAAGCAAAUUCUUGUUAUAGAGGAAGAAAUCAUUCUGUGUUGCAGAUCAUUAUCCAAGAUGGGAUGUAGCCCCAAAAAUCAUAGGACCAGUUCUCCAGGUUCUCUUUAGUCAGAGAUUUGGUUCAUUUUGGUAGAUAAUCUUCAAUGUUAGUCUUUCUGGAUUGACUUCUUUGUGUUCACUAUUGCUGACUGGUAGCAUUUAGUAUCUCCUUUUUCUUUUUAAAUCCSUUGUUGUCUUUAUAGGAAAGUGCAGUCCCUCCUUCUUUCUCAGAAAGAAGCUGGUCUCAAGUGAGCUUGCAAAAAUCACUGUAAAAUUAAGAUACACAGUAAGUAAAAGUCAGAACUGCAGAGAAAACCUUACAGAUCUUUAAAAAGGAUUAAUGGAUUAGCAUUUGGCGUUAGGCAAGGAUACUCAGUGCUGGAGAUAAAGACAUGAUUAAUGGCUAAUAACAGAAAAUGGUAUGUGAAAGACCCUUUCCUCCCACAGUGUUUCUGUUGCAUGUACUCCCUCCUCUGAAUUUGUCUUAGGAAAGAUUAAUAUAUCUUCAUAAGCUAGUCAGUACCAGACACAAUUAGAUUCGAUAUGCAAUACAAAUUUCAGGUGAAGUGCUAUCGUGGUAUUCAGCCCCACAGUUUAAUAAAGUUGAAAGCUUAUAUGCAGUGAUUCAGGCCAAUGGUGUGAAGAAUAAGAUCCAAUUUUAAUGCAAACUUUAUUUCUGUAUUUUACUGAUAAAAUGUCAAAGUGGCUCGGGGAAUCUGAAAAUCUGCUGUGGAGGCUCGCAGUUAAUAUCUGUUAUAUGAUCUUGCUAAGAUACAACUGCUGAUUUUAAGACUGAGGGUAAAAGUGAGGCAUCCUAAAUAAGUGAUGUGCUCAUAUUUAUUUUUUUUUCUGUAGAAUCUUAUUUUCAGAAUAUAUUCAGUAAAAUAGAAAUGUGCCAGUUUUAAUUUAUAGUGCAUUUUGAUGUUUUUUGACAGCCCUCUGAACACAUUUCUCAGGAGGAGGUAUGAAGGUGUUUUGGUGUGUACUUGAAAAGCAAGUCUAAUUGCUCUGUGACAUGAGGCCCAAUUGUGUGAGUUCCUGUAAGCUCCUGUAAGCAAAAGGAAUCAAAAUAUCUUGGCACCUCACAAAGGGAAACACUAAUUUCACUACCUGCCCACCUCUGGCACAUCUGGUUAGCCUUUUCUGUUCACUUGGUUGUYCCAGUAGCUGAAUUGAAGAACAGAAAACAUCCUGAAUUGGCAAGGGAUGGGUAAGAAGUCUUUCAUCUCUUGUUUCAAUGAGACAAUGUAAUGGAAUAUUAAAGCUGUUGAAUUUUAUGACUGUUUGACCUACGGAUACACUUAUUUGCUUCUGUGCAUUGACAAACUUUUCUGUGUACCUCAUUUGUUCUUGAUGGACUUUAGCUUSCCAUAGUACUGUGAGUGCAAAUACAACU